CUUUCGACAGGGACGCGCGGCGAGCCUCCAGUCCGCGGAAUCUUUGGUCACUGCGCAGCCAACCCACGCUUCGUGAAUCAACAACGCGGUCACAUCACUUACCACGAUGCGCCGGCCAGCCAAGAGCUCGUCCAAGAAAGUUGGGAAAGACAGACCGAGGCGGCUAAGUGAUGAUGGGGAGUCACCAGUCCCUGGCCGACGAAGCAGUGACGCCGAUUUGGGUGGGAACGGAGCUGUCUACGACGACCACUACGGCAUUAAUGGAGAUGCGUGCUACAUGGAAGACUGUGGAGAUGGUGGUGGGUGGUUCAACUGUGAAUGUUUUCUCUCGCUUGUCUUGGUGGGCGUGCUGGUUGCGCUGCCCUUCAACCUCCACAGCACAAAAGACCUGCUUCAGUCGCGAGACACGUACAUCGUGAAGGCGGUCGAGUUGAUGAAAGUCGGGUCGUGCGACGACGCUGUCAACUUGUACGAGCGGGCACUCAUCGUGGAGGAAAGCGCGAUGAUUCACCAUCAACUUGCCGACGCGCUAACGCAGUGUGGCCGGCCAAAGGAAGCGCUGGGGUACUACUUAAGCGGCAUCCGGCUGGAAGAAUCGACCCACAGGAAGGUGCCGUCCCUCAUGGCAGUCGGCGACUUGUUCCUCAAACAGUCCGACUACAACAUGGCGACGAGGACGUUCGAAACGAUCGUGUCGAUCUUGCAAGACGACCCAACCAAAGACCUUGUCGAGGCCUACAUGAAGCUCGCCAAGGUCGACAUGAGCCUCCGUCGGCUCUCCGCCGCGUACUCGCAUUACACUGCGGCGAGCGACCUCAUUAUUGGCGACUCAAUGCAAGCCGAGGUUCACUACCGCAUGGGUCAGUGCGCCCUCAUCAUGGGCAAACUCCCGCUCGCCAUCGAAAACUUCAAAGUCGCCGCGGCCAAAGGCACCACAUCCCAGAAAUCCUUGUUCACACACAGCCUGGCGUAUGCGUACUUGGAGCACGGCAUGCUUGCCCAGGGCAACGACGAACUCGCCGCGCUCUUUGCCUCGCCGUCCAUGUACACAGAGGAGCGGUACAUCCGCGCGUCCUUCCAAGAUCACCAGUAUCCAUCCGGUCGAUCUCCCACGCAGUACAUCGCGCAGCUCUUUGACAUCCACGCCCAGCGCAUUACGCAGCCUCCGCCCGCCAACCACGUCGAUACGUUUCGUCAACUACAUGGCCUACUCUUCGAGUCGGGUGUCCCGAACGCGAUUGCCAAAGCCUUAAUGUCCAAAAUUGGCAUUUCCGACGGCGACCACUGGCUCGAUGUGGUCGAUUUGGGCUGUGGAUCGGGCCAUGCCAUGUCGUUCCUUCGCUCGUUGUCGAACUUUGUGCUUGGAAUCGACCUCUCGCCCCUCUCGAUUGAAAACGCCAGGAACUUGACCAACAUGUACGACGACUUGCACGUAAGCCACCGUCUUGUUCCCAGACCAUGCUGCAGCUACGACGCACGGCGACUAGGUUGGCGACUUCCUCGAUGUCGGUGGAGGCUUGCCCGAUGCGUCGUACGACGUAGUUGUGGCGAUGAAUUCACUGCCGUACUUUGGGGACCUCCGGCAGGUGUUUGAACUGGCGCAUCGGAUUCUUCGGCCAAAGGCGUUCGUCGCGUUCAACGUGGACGUGCGGCAGAAUGACGACGACAACGAUCAACAAGACUUUAGCCUGCGCUUCUCGGGGCGGUGGCAGCACUCGGACGAGUACGUCAAGCGAGUCUUGGAGCGUCACGGGUUUGAACUACUGCAUCAAGAGCAAGUGGAAGAUGACCAAGUGUUUUACCAAGCCCACGGCGCACAAAUUCAACACCGAGCCACGGGAAAGGCAUAUUCCAACGUGUACGUGGCUCAAAAGGUCGCAGAUGACGUGUAAAAGAGGCAACUGGUCGAAUCACGU